ACCCCACACACACAACAUAUAUAUAUAUAUAUAGCACUCUCUGCAGCAGCCACCUAUAUUGUUACUAAUACAUUUUAUUUUGCAUACGUCUCUUUUAAUUAUUUUGUAAUUAUUUGAUUGUGCCAUUCUUCUUUAUCCCUCACUCUCUUCUGCUUCACUCAACCCCUUCUCUCACUCUACUUUCUUCUAAAAUUCUCAUUCUCCAUAAAUUCUUUUAUUUUUCAGAUUCAAUCAAUUAAAAAAUAAAUAAAUAAAAAUUAAAGUACAAAAAAAUGAGAAAAAUACCUUCUUUACGAGCAGGUGUAGCAGUGGCGACGGCCGAGUUCAACAUCCAUCUAUCCCCACCAGCUUCCGCGGCGGCGCCGCCGCCGUUAGCAGCGGCAGACUGCAACGCACAGAAGUGCCCCUGGUGGCCGUACACCAGCGCCAAGGACUUCAAGGCGAACACCGCCAUCAUCGUCGCCGUCCUCUUCUGCGCGCUGAUCUGCGCCCUGGCGCUCAACGCCGCCGUCCGGUACCUCAUACGCGACUGCAGCAGGCGGCGCCGCCGCAACCGGAAGGAGGAGCACGGCGGCGCCGCCGCGGAGGAGGCGGCGGAAAUUCCCGGGGUGAUUUACUCGGAGGAGACGAAGCUGAGCGGUGCGGAGACGGAGUGCAUAAUCUGCCUGUCGGAGUUCGCCGCCGGGGAGAGAAUUAGGGUUCUGGAGAAGUGCAGCCAUGGCUUCCACCUCCAGUGCAUUCAGAAAUGGCUGGUCUCGCAUUCUUCUUGCCCGACUUGCCGAACAAUUUGUUCGAACGAAUCCACCACCGCUUCCCCUCCGUGAAAAUCGGAAAAUUUCGAAUUCUGCAACGGUCAAUCAAUCACCGGAAACUUUUCGCCGGAGAUCGUUUGAACUUCAUUUUCCGGUUGUACACCUGUACUAGUCCUAGCUGGAUUUAUGAAUUUUGUUUUUAAAAAGAAUUCAUUUUACUCUUUAAUUUAAAUAAUUUUUAAUUAUUGGGCUUUUAUUUAGUUUAUAUAAACGUGGCCAAGUAAUUGGGCUUGGAAGUAAGUAAAUCCUUAAUUGGGCAAGCCCAAGUGUAGUUUAUAUUUCUAAUUAUUUUAGAAAGAGCAAAUUGCACUUCGCUCCCUCAAAA